UGCUAAGGACGGUGACGGAAGUUCCUGUUUCGAAUGCAAGGGUCGUGAAAAUGGCGCUGUUGUUAAGGUCGUUGGUCCGGCGGAGCGCAGCUGUUUCGCUCAGGUCUCAGUCUUCGGUCCUGUACAGACAUGCUGUUCCCAUGGGAACGAAUGCCAAAGAGGAAAUGCAGAAUAUGGAUAAAAACAGUCGCUUAGCAAGGCCACUGUCUCCCCACAUCACCAUCUACAGCUGGUCUGUUCCAAUGAUGAUGUCAAUAACACACAGAGGGACUGGGGUCGGUCUGAGCGCAGGUGUCGCUGUGUUUGCUGUCUCGGCGCUGGUUCUGCCAGGUGACUUUGCCUCCUAUCUCAGUCUGAUCCAGUCCCUGUCUCUUGGUCCGGCUCUUAUCUGCACUGCCAAGUUUGGGCUGGCGUUCCCUGUGGCGUUCCACUCCUUCAACGGGAUCCGCCAUCUGAUGUGGGACAUGGGAAAAGGCUUUCGUAUGCCUGAGGUGUACAGAUCUGGCUACGCUGUCCUCGUCCUGUCGGUCCUGUCAGCGAUCGCACUGGCAGUGCUGUAGAGCGUGAAGCACACAGACACCUCUCAUCCAUCCACACUGUCUCCUUCGAGCUGUUUGUUUUUGAGCACUAUGUCUCUGUUAGUUAUUUUGAGCCAACUCUCUCAAUGGUUUUAAUAGUAACAAUAUCACUUUUUUUCUCUCUCUCCUGUGACUUGGAUAAGGUGUGUGUGUACGUAUAUAGGGAGGUUAGCGCUGCUGCCUCACAGCGCCAGCGUCCUGGGUUCGAUUCCUAGCGGUCGGUCUGUGUGGAGUUUGCAUGU